AUGGUCGUUUCACAUAACGCAGUGACCGAUGAAAAUUACCCUAUUGCAUUAAACGCGCUAGAAAAGCAAUAUGGUCAAAGGGAAAAUCGAUAUAAUGUAUUAUUGAGUAGAUUAAAGAAUAUCCAUCAAAUAAAAGGUGACUUUGAAGCAGUACGACAAUUAUUGACGAUAUUAUCGCAGUUGGAAGCCGCAAACCACGACAUUAAUUCAGAAGCACUAUUGAUGGUGGUAGAAUUUGUAUUACCUCGAGGGAUUUACAGCAAAAUUAUUCGAUUAAAAGCAGUAGAUACGGAAUGGACAAUGACAAAAUUGCGAGAAUUGUUAGAAAAUGUAUUAUACGAAAACGACAUGAUUGAAGCUCACGAUCACAUAAGACGUCAAGGGCACGUGACAUCGAACGACGAAUUCAAACCGAAGGAACCACGACAUUCUCAAAAAUCAAAGGUGGACAUACGAUAA